UGCUUCUCAUUUGGGCUGGGAUUGCAGGGGAUUCGAUUUCACUUUUUCAGUCCUAGCUGCUACCUUCGAUCUUAGCAGCUGGACCCCUCGCCAUCUCUUUUCCCAUCAGUCCUAAGAGACCAGGAGAAACCUCUGCCUGGCAGAGCAUCACAGGAGUCCUGACUGAAGAACAUGACUGGCACCAACGUGUGAAGCUGACAAGUUACCUUCUAUCUCUUCUUCAGCUCAGGGUUUGAUCAUCUGGUGCUUAUUACCCAUACAUGGGCAAGAUGAGGGAGCAUGGCCUACUGCCGAUGGUGGCGCUUUUAUGCCUAAUGCUCUCAGGGAUACAUAGACUGGAUGCACAGCAACAGGAAGACUCGGCUGACCUGGUUUUCCUCAUUGACGGCUCAAACAAUGUUGGACGCACGGGUUUCAAUGCCAUCCGUGACUUCUUGGCAAAUUAUGUGGAGAGACGUUUGGAGGUGGGAAGGAGUCGGAUGCAAGUAGGAGUGGUGCAGUAUAGUGAUGAUGUCAAAAUAGAAUUUACCUUGGAUGAACAUACUACCAAACAAGAGCUAAUAAAUGCCCUGAAGAGAUUACAGUUUGUUGGAGGAGAAGAGGCAAAUAUGGGGGCUGCUGUUGAGUAUGUGGUGGAGCAGCUGUUUACUUCAGCUGCUGGAAGCCGAAGAGAGGAAGGAGUGCCCCAAUCACUAGUGAUCAUCACUGGUGGACCAUCAAGUGAUGAACUGAGAGAUGCUGCCAAUUCUUUAAGACUUAACAGUGUCAUCACAUUUGGCAUUGGUGUGGGAAGAGCAGACAACAAUGAAUUGCAGCAAAUUGCAACCGAUGAUACAUUUGUGUUUAUCGCGCCCCAAUUCCAGGUUUUGGGUCAACUGGAAAGUCAAAUUCUUCCAUACAUUGCUGGAGUAGCCCAAAGGACAAUUGUUUUACAGCCUCCAACUGUUAUAACUGAAGUUACUGAAGUCAACAAGAGGGACAUAGUGUUCUUGAUUGAUGGUUCCAAUGAUCUUGGAGGGCCAAGUUUCUCUGCUAUCCGUGAAUUUAUUGUAAAGGUAGUCAACAGGUUGGAAAUUGGUCCUGAUCUUAUUCGAGUAGGAUUGGCCCAGUAUGGCAAAGAUGUAAAAUCUGAAUUCAACCUGAACACCUUUGGUGCUAAAAAGGAUGUUAUUGCACAUUUGAAAAAAAUGAAGAUUUUGAACAACACACCAUUAAAUACCGGUGCUGCUCUGAGCUAUGUCCAGAAUAAUUUCUUUACUACAUCUGCAGGAAGCCGUGCGGAUGAAGGAAUCCCACAGCUUCUAGUACUCGUCACUGGUGGGCAGUCAAGAGAUGACUAUACCCAGGCAUCGCUGGCUCUCAAGAGGGCAGGAAUCCUGACCUUUGCAAUAGGAUCCAAGAAUGCUGACGUAGCUGAGCUUAAAGAAAUUGCUUUUGAUUCUUCUCUGGUUUUUCAGCCUGCAGAAUUCAAACAAGCUCCUCUACAAGCCUUACUUCCUCAGGUGCUUACUCCUCUGAAAACCUUAACAGGAGUUGUAAUUUCUGAAGGACCAACCGAAGUUCUAGUCCAAAGAGACAUCGUCUUCCUAGUGGAUGGUUCUGUCAACGUUGGAAGUGCCAACUUUCCUUUAGUAAGAGACUUUCUCAUCGAUGUCAUUAACAACCUUGGUAUCAGCAGUGAAGGCGCUCGAAUUGGCCUGGCCCAGUUUAGUGACACCCCCAGAACUGAGUUCUAUCUAAACACAGCAACCUCAAAAUCAGAUCUUGUUAACCGCCUGGGGCAGAUAAGAAUCAAGGGGGGUAAUCGCUUAAACAUUGGCUCAGCACUUCAAUUUGUUCUCCGCAAUCAUUUCACAAGCGGUGCUGGCAGCAGAAUAGAUGAAAACAUUCCACAGAUUCUUGUACUUUUGGUGGCUGGGAAGUCCUCAGACAACAUUCAGGCUGCUACAAAUGACCUCAUCAGAUCAAAGGUUUUGACCUUUUGUGUUGGGGUUGGAGAUGCUGAUAAGGAAGAGUUGGACGCCAUUGCAUUUAACCCACAACUGGUUUAUGAGAUGGAUGAUUUCAGGGCCUUGUCUGGUCUCAGUCAGCAAAUCGUAACACCUCUUACAUCCUUCGUUAGAGGAGAAGUUACAGAAGUGACAGUAACAGAAGUGGAUCAAGACCGCAAGAAGGAUGUAGUUUUCUUAAUUGAUGGCUCAGAUGAUGCCAGGUCUGGUUUUUCAUCUCUCAGGAGCUUUGUUCAGAGGGUGGUAGAGUACCUUGAUGUGGGUCAAGACAGAGUACGCAUUGCAGUUAUCCAGUACAGUGACUCCUCCAGACCUGAGUUCCUUCUUAACACCUACUCAGACCGCCAAGAUUUAAUAAGAUCUAUUCAGAGCAUGACUCCUAUUGGAGGGUCUACACUGAACACAGGUGCUGCCUUAGAUUAUGUACAGAAAAACGUAUUUAUUGGGUCAGCUGGAAGCCGAAUAGCAGAAGAAGUACCACAAUUUCUCAUUUUACUGGCAACUGGGAGGUCUAGAGAUGAUGUGAGAAGACCUGCUGCUUCUCUCAAGGCCAGCGGCAUUGUGCCAUAUGCUAUCGGAACUAGUAGAGCUGAUCGGACUGAGCUUCAGACCAUCUCUUUUUCCCCUGAUUUUGUUCUUUUUGUUCCUGAUGUCAACCAGCUGGAGAAUGCUUACCAAACUUUCUCACAACGUGUCAGUUCGCUUACCACAAGUGAUAUACGUACUCUAAUACAGUCAGUUCCAGCUGUGGCAGACAGCAAACGGGACCUCUUAUUCCUGAUUGAUGGCUCUAACAAUAUUGCUGGAAGGUUUCCCGCUGUACGAGAUUUUGUGGCAAGCAUUAUUGAUGGUCUCGAUGUUAGCCCAGAUGGCACUCGUGUUGGUGUGGGCUUAGUCGGUGAAAAUGUCAAAGUGGAAUUUAAGUUUGAUUCAUAUGCCACCAAGGCUGAUGUAAUCAGUGCAGUUCGAAAAAUGAAGUACAAACCAAGCAAAGAAUUCAAACUUGGAGUUGCACUGGAUUAUGCUUAUGACAGCCUUUUCACACCGGAGUCUGGAAGUAGGAUACGAGAGGGAGUACCACAGUACUUAGUGUUACUUGCAGCAGGCAAAUCUUCGGACAGUGUAGACAAUGCAGCUAAUAGGCUGAAAGCAGCUGGCAUUGUGACAUUUGCAGUCAAGACACAAAGGGCUGAAGCUGAGGAACUUGAGAAGAUUGUUUUGGCUCCACAAUUUGUUUUAGCCUCAGAAUCAAUUGCAGACCUUUCUACCAUCCAGUCUCAGUUUGUUAAUCUCAUAAAAACCAUUUCAGUCGAGCUACCAACGCAGUCUUAUGACUUAAGUAGAAGAAAAGACAUUGUAUUUUUGAUUGAUGGAUCCAACGAAGGCAGAUCCAGCUUUCCAUCUUUACGCUCCUUUAUUCAGAGAGUGGUGGAGGGUCUUGAUGUUGAUCGGGAUAAGAUUCGGAUAGGAGUUGUUCAAUACAGUGAUACCACAAGACCCAACUUCCUGCUUAACACUCACCCAGACCGCCAGGGAGUCGUCAGUGCUGUUCAACGUCUAACACCUAUUGGAGGUUCACAAUUGAACACAGGGGCAGCCUUGGACUAUGUUACCACAAAUGUAUUCACCAGUUCAGCUGGCAGUCGGGCUUCUGAGGGAGUGCCUCAAUUCUUAAUCUUACUGACCACUGGCAGAUCAAGAGAUGAUGUCCGGAGACCAGCCUCCGGCCUUAAAAGUUCGGGAGUAAUUCCAUUUGCCAUCGGUGUCCGCAAUGCUGACACAACUGAGCUGCAGACUAUUUCUUUCAUUCCAGAUUUUGCUGUUUCUGUUUCGGACAUCAGCCAACUAGGAAAUGUAUACCAAACCAUAACAACAAGAGUAUCAGAACUUAACACUGGUGACAUUGAAAUUCUGAGGCGAUCAGGUCCAACUGUCUAUAAAGGUGCAAAAAGGGAUGUCGUGUUCCUUAUAGAUGGUUCCAGGGAUGCUACUCCAGAGUUUACCAAUGUGAAAGAGCUAAUUGGGCGCCUGGUAGAAACAAUGGACGUCAGCCAAGAUAAUACUCGAGUAGCUGUGAUCCAGUACAGUGAGGACCCUAGUAUUGAGUUUUUACUAAACGCUCAUUCCACAAAAGAUGAGGUUCAGAGUGCAGUGAGAAGAAUAAGACCAAAGGGAGGAUCAUCGGUAAACAUUGGUAAUGCCCUAGAGUAUGUGUCUAAAAACAUAUUUACAAGGCCAUCUGGAAGCCGAAUAGAGGAGCAAGUCCCUCAGUUUCUUAUUUUGACCUCCUCUGGACCUUCAUCAGAUGACAUAGACGAGGGAGCAAGACAGAUUAAAGCAUCUUCUGUUGUUCCUUACUUGAUUGCAAAGAAUGUAGAUUCUGAAGAGGCCAAUAAAAUUACUUUGAGUAAGGAUUUCAUAUAUGAAGUAUCUAGUUUCCGGGAGCUUCCAACUUUGGAGCAAAGAUUGCUGUCAUCUGUCACCAACCUGGAUCGAGAAAGGAUAAAAGUGAUCUACGAGAAUGUCCCACGUGUUACUACUGAAACUGAUCCAGACAGAAGGGAUGUGGUCUUCCUGGUUGAUGGCUCUACAAGAACAGGUUCUGAAGGACUGGCAAAUAUCAGGGAUUUCAUCAUUAAGGUUAUUCAGAACUUUCAAGUUGAACCUAAUAAAGUCAGGGUUGGUCUUGUUCAGUUUAGUAAUGAUCCGGCCACAGAGUUUUUACUAAAAGCCCAUACAAACAAGCAAGCCUUGAUCAACAAUGUCCGUCGUUUACGACUCAAAGGAGGAACGUCACUGAACAUUGGGAAAGCACUGGAUUUUGUAACCAAAAAUCAUUUUGUGAAAUCAGCUGGCAGUAGAAUAGAAGAAGGAGUUCCCCAGCACUUGGUGCUCCUUACUGGAGGAAAGUCUGCAGAUGAUGUCAGUGGAGCAGCACGGAUACUUGGAACUAAUGGAGUAAAGUCGCUUGCUGUAGCUACCAGUGGUGCUGACAGGACUGAAAUAGAAACCAUAGUUUCAGACUCACGUUACCUCUUUACCAUCAAAGAAUUUAAUGAGCUUCCCAACAUUGAAAGUAUAUUAUUCAGGUCUUUUACAGGACCCAUUGAUCUAGCUCCACCAACGGUGGUAGGACCAGUUCUUCCUGGGAAGAAAGAAGCUGAUAUUGUUUUCCUUGUGGAUGGCUCCAUGAAUUUAGGAAGAGAUAACUUCAAGGAGGUCCUUCAGUUUGUCUCUGGCAUAGUGGAUGCUGCAAUUGAAGAAGAUGAUGCCAUUCAGAUAGGACUGGCUCAGUAUAAUUCAGAUGUGACUGAUGAAUUUUUCUUAAAAGACCAUAACAACCGUGAUUUGAUCAUGGAUGCUGUGACCAAAGCAGAGUUUAAAGGAGGACGUCUGGCUAGCCUUGGCACAGCUAUUCGUCACUUGCAAGACAAGCACUUUGUUAAAGAAGCAGGCAGCAGAAUUGGUACAGGUGUUCCUCAGAUUGCUUUCAUUAUCACAGGGGCAAAGACAGUCAGUGAUGGACAAUCUGCAGUACAAGCUCUAGCCAGCAAGGGAGUCAAAGUAUUUUCCAUUGGAGUAGGAAGCAUUACUAAUGAAGAAGUUAAUAAAAUUGCAAGUGAACCACCAAGUGCUUUCAGAGUAUCCAAUGUCCAGGGCCUUUCGGAGCUGAAUGAACAGAUUCUGAUAACUUUAGAUACGGCCCUGCAGAAGAGGAGUAUCUGUCCAGAUGCGGUUGGUGCUGUUAAAGAAUGUAAUCUGGAGGUGAUUAUAGGAUUUGAUGUCGAUGUAACCCCUGGGCAGGAUGUCUUUGCAUUUCAGCGAGGUCUGAAGCCCAAACUGGGACAAAUACUGGAACGGAUUUCUAACAUGCAGAAAAUAAGUUGCAGUGGUGAUAAAAAGCCUUCUGUGAAAGUUGCUGUUUUGUCACAGGGCAGAAUAGGGCCUGUGGAGGCAUUUGACUUUUCCAAUUACCGUAUAGAACUGGCAGAAAAAAUCACUACCAUGGGCACUCGAGGGCCUUAUGUAUUGAAUGGCCGAACCCUGCAGACAUAUCUGAACAAAUUCAAGAAUGCUGGGGAACCCAACAGCGUUAAGGUGGUGAUCCACAUGACAGAUGGAGCUGAUGCAAGCAUGGCUGAAUUGCAGCAAGCUUCUGUAGCUCUACAGGCUUCAGGAGUGAAAGCACUGCUAUUUGUGGGGUUGGAAAGUGUUCCCAAGUUUGAUCAAAUUAUGCAGUUAGAAUUUGGAAGAGGAUUCACUUACAAUAACCCACUGAGAUUAAACCGUGUUGAUCUGGAUUAUGAGAUCAUUGAAGAACUGGAUAACAUUGCGGAGAAAGGAUGCUGUGGAGUGCCAUGUAAAUGUUCUGGACAGAGAGGUGAUAUUGGACCUCCGGGUGUCAAUGGACCAAAGGGUGCAUCAGGUCUCAAAGGACACCAAGGUUUCCCAGGAGAAGAAGGAGGACCAGGAGAGAGAGGUCCUCCUGGUGUGAAUGGUACACAAGGUUUCCAGGGAUGUCCAGGUCCAAGAGGAAGCAAGGGUGGCAGAGGGUUCAAUGGAGAAAAGGGUGAAGUAGGAGAAAUUGGCUUGGAUGGUAUAGAUGGAGAAGACGGUAAAAGAGGUUCUCCAGGAUCUGCAGGAGACGGGGGCAGCCAAGGGCCAAGGGGAGAAAAAGGUCAGAAAGGAGGAAGAGGGGAGAGAGGAGAACAAGGUCUACGAGGUGAUCCGGGUGAAACAGGAACUGAUUCACUUCAGAGAGGACCAAAGGGAGCAAAAGGAGAAGCAGGAAGUGUGGGUGAGGCUGGAAGAGAUGGUCUAUCAGGAAUAGGAGGUUCUGCAGGAAAAGCUGGAGCUCGAGGCCGUAGAGGACCUCCUGGAGUUAAGGGUAAUAGAGGACCUAAUGGUGGUGCUGGUGGAGUUGGAGAUCAAGGGCUUAGGGGUCCUCAGGGCCCUCCAGGACAACAAGGCUCUCCGGGCACAAGGGGGGAACAAGGUAGCCCAGGACCAAGGGGGGCAGGAGGCACUCCUGGACCUGUUGGUGAUCGUGGCAGACUCGGACCACUUGGGCGCAAGGGUGAGCCUGGAGAUAUUGGACCUAAAGGAUCUGAUGGACCUGUUGGACCACGUGGUGAGACAGGAGAUGAUGGUCGUGAUGGAGUUGGGAAAACUGGUCUUAAAGGCAGAAAGGGAGAAUCUGGAUUCCCUGGAUAUCCAGGACCAAAGGGAGACGCUGGUGAUAGGGGACCUAAUGGCGAGCUUGGUCCUAAAGGAAGCAGAGGCCGUAGGGGCAAUGCUGGUGAUCCUGGUAAAUUUGGCACUAAAGGGGAUCCAGGACAUCCAGGAACAGGUGGCCUGAAGGGAGAACGAGGAGGCUCAAGAGAUCAAUGUGGACUUGUGAAAACUAUCAAAAACACAUGUCCUUGCUGCUAUGGUCAAAAAGAAUGCCCUCUGUUCCCCACUGACCUGGUGUUUGCUAUGGACACGUCUUCCGAUGUGAACCGCAACCAAUUUAACAAUAUGAAAGAAGCAGUUUUGCGAGUGGUUAACCAGCUGGCAAUUUCUGAGAGCAACUGUCCUAGAGGAGCCCGUGUUGCUCUGCUUACCUACAAUAGUGAUGUUACCACAGAAGUUCGCUUUUCUGAAGGCCUCCGGAAACAAGCACUGCUUAGUGAGAUACGAAACUUGCAAUUGGUUACAUCUAAUAAGCAGAGAAGCCUGGAUGGUGUCAUGUCUUUUGUGGCACGGAACACAUUUAAGAGGUCACGUGGAGGUUUCCUAACAAGAAAGGUGGCUGUUUUCUUCAGCAAUGCUCCAACCAGAGCUUCACCACAGCUAAAUGAGGCUGCACUUAAGCUGUAUGAUGCUGGUGUGUCUUCUGUGUUCCUUACAGCGAGAGAAGACAAGCCAUUGUCCAAUGCUUUAAAGGUCAAUAACACAGAAGCAGGCCAGGCUAUAGUGCUUGGAAGUGGCGCUCAGUUUAAUGAAACCAUCCGCAAAGUCCUUUCCUGCUUUGCAUGUCUAGAUGUGUGUGAGCCAGCUGGUGAAUGCGGAGCUACUGUUCCCAGGGGUGAUCUCCGUUUAAGACGUUCAGCAGCUACUGAUGUAGACAUCGAUUUAGCCUUCCUCCUGGACAGUUCAGACUCCACAAAUUCAGCCCAGUUUGCAGAGAUAAAGAGAUUUGUCUCCCAUGUGAUUGGACAGUUAGAGCUUAGUCCGGAUCCUAAAUCCUCUUCCCACCAUGCACGCAUAUCAGUACUCCAACAUGCUCCAUAUGAACAUCAGACCAAUUCUAGCUUCCCACCUGUAAGAAUCGAUGUAGGACUGACUGAGUACACUGACAAAGAGAAACUUCAGACAUUUGUUCUAACUAAAAUGACUCAGCUAUAUGGAACAAGGUCACUGAAUAGUGCUAUCAAGUAUGCGGUGGAACAUGUGUUUGAGAGUGCUCCCAACCCAAGGGCCAUGAAGGUUGUCUUCCUUAUUUUGACUGGAGAUGUGAAGUCUCAUGAGCUCAAACAGUUGCGCCAAACUGUAAUCGAGGCCAAAUGCAAGGGCUACUUCUUUGUGAUCUUAAGCGUAGGGAAGAAGGUUCAUACUGGAAAUUUGAACUCACUAGCUAGUGAACCACAUGAUGUUUUCUCCAAGAAAGUUGGAAAGGCAUUAGAACUAAAUGAAGAGAACAUGCUGAGAUUUGGAAUGCAACUGCCAGGAUUUAUCAGUAGUGAAAAUGCAUUCCAUCUGUCUCCUGAAAUCCAAAAGCACUGUGAUUGGUUCCAGAAUGAUCAGCCUCCAAGAACUUUAGAGAAUGAAAGCACCAAUGAAGCGACUGAAGGUGAUGUAGUACCUGAUGAAAUUUUGGCCAGUGAAAAACCUGAGGUGGUAACAGUACGCACAAGCAUCAAUACCCUUACAGAUGUCACCUUAACUCCAGAAACCACAACAAUGCAGAGAACUGAGCUAAAAGUGUAUGAUGUAACAGAAAACAGUGUACGCCUGAGCUGGACCAAUUCUGAUUCCCUAAAACCACACGUCUAUGAACUUAGCGUCAUAUCUCUAGCAGACCAAAGUCUAGUCCUUAAGCAGAAUGUCACAGGCACUGAAAGACUCAUUGGAGGACUGGCAGGUGGACAGAUGUACCAAGUCACCAUUACAGGGCAGCACAAGAGCCUUGGCCUGGUUACUUACCAAGCAACAUUUACCACUAGUAAAUCUCAACCCAAGCCUGAGGUUGUUGUGCCAGAGGUUGUUGUGCCAGAGGUUGUGGUGUCAGAGGUUGUGGUGCCACAGGUUGUGGUGCCAGAGGCUGUGGUGCCAGAUGUUGUGGUGCCAGAGGUUAUAUUGCCAGAGGCUGUGAUGAGCUCUGACACAACAGUGACCACAGAACCACUGAACAGCCCUGAAAUAGAUCCUUGUGAGCUAGAUCUGGACAUGGGCACCCAAUGCAAGGAGAAUGAGGUUAAGUGGUUCUUUGACAAGACAGACAAGAUUUGCACCCAGAUUUGGUAUGGUGGGUGUGGUGGCAAUGCAAAUAGAUUUGACACAGAAGCUGAAUGCAUCAGUAGGUGUCAAAAGACAUUGGUUGAGAAAUCCAUGCAGCUACCAGCGUUGGAAACAAAAAUAUUCGCAGUGGGCUCAGAGGCAUGUAAGCUGCAGAAGGAUGAAGGCACCUGCAGGGAGUUCAUCUUACAAUGGCACUAUGAUACAGAAACCAAGACCUGCGCCCGAUUCUGGUACGGUGGCUGCGGAGGAAAUGAGAACAGGUUCAGCACACAGAAAGAAUGUGAAAAGAUUUGUAUUACAGCACCUCUGAAUCCCGGAGUAGUCUCAGCAAUUGGAACAUAAUGGAGCCCAACUCUUACCACUCAAGAGGAGACAACCCAGGAUGCACUGCCCUUCCUCUCACCCUCCCCCCUUGCUAGCCUGCCCCACCUCAAGUGGAAGGGAGACUUACAAGGUUAAUCAAUAUGGUGCUAUUUCUUCUGUGGACUUGCUGCAGGUUGUGCCAAGAAAAGCAUUAACCCUUUCAUUGCUGUAGCAAUCCCAAGUGACACAAGCCCCACGAUUACGGCCUGGAGGCCAAUUCUGUUCACUACAGUUCUGAAAGGGUUUCUUGACACUUUGGACUCCCAUACAUUAAAAGCUGGUGCUUGUCAGGUUAUGUUUUUAGUGUCAGAGGUCCCAGCACUAGAGUCUACUCCAGAGGGAUGCUGACCCACUUAGUAACACCUGCUUCAUCCCAGUCCUCCCUUCUUAUAUUUCCACUAUCCAGUAGAUUUGUAAUCCCUUAUCUGCCGUAGAGCUAUUCAUUACUAUUCAGCACCUCUGACAACUAACUGUGAGUCCAUGUAUGCAACAGUUACCAAUACGGCUAUGAUGCUAAGCCCCACAUUCCAUUUUCAAGAAGGGCACUGCAGAUACUUGUGUCAUAAUUUCUUGAGCAGCAGGUCCCUCGGGAAGUGACAGAUACUAACCCUUUUCUCCGCUAUCAGGAGCCUGUAAAGUAUUGCAAAGCAGAGUUUUCCAGGCCCCGCUGGCUGCACAUGGGUUAAAAGCUUUAGGUUUUACCACUUAAGCUGCAAUUAUUGCAGUCUGAGCAGAAGAAUACAAUAUUUUUUGGAUCUUAUUGUUAUUUGUGUUUAUAAACUUUGGGGUUGGGAAAUUUGGGUAUAAAUUUGGGAGCGGGGCUUUUCUUGUCUUUGGUAUGUUUUUAUUUUUU